AUGUCCCGCCGAAGCGGUGCAACCACUGUUGGUCAGGAAGAAACCUCGGUACGACCAUCCAACAAUGCACAAGCGAAGCAAGCCAUGUUGCUAUCCCAGGACACAGGUCACUUUAGCUUGGUCAAAGCUCUCCAUCUGGCCGAUUUGAUCACUGAACUGAAUGGCUUUUGUGGAUUCAUGUCGGUCCUCUCGUCGAUGCGCUACUGCCUCUCGGACCCAAAAGACUUGACAAACCUGUGGUUCGCCUUGGCCUUUAUGCCAUUCGGCCUCUUCUUCGAUUUCUUCGAUGGCAAAGUUGCAAGAUGGAGGAAGAAGUCUUCUCUUAUGGGGCAAGAAUUGGAUUCUCUGGCUGACCUGAUCUCCUUUGGAGUCGCUCCCGCUGCUGUGGCGUUCGCAAUCGGAUUCCGUACCAACGUUGAUCAGCUUUUCCUCAGCUUCUACGUUCUGUGCGGGUUGACCCGACUCGCCAGAUUCAACGUUACUGUCGCCAUGCUCCCAAAAGACAAGACGGGAAAAUCGCAGUAUUUUGAGGGCACUCCCAUCCCUUUCGCAUGCUUGACAAGCUCUGCCAUCAUGGCGAUCUGGACCUCUCUCGGAUGGAUUCACGACUCUUUACCAAUUGGCUCUGUCCUCUCUGGAACCCCGUUCGAAUUUCACCCAACAGUCUUGCUGUUUUUGUUGAACGGCUCAUUGAUGAUCAGCAAGACUUUACAUGUGCCCAAGCCUUAA